AUGAUGCGAAACUCAACGCAGCAGUCGUUCACGCUUAACGAAACAUCCAGUUUUAUUGAGACCACUAUCGGUCUUGACGACUUUACUUAUGGAAACUAUUCUGAUAACGGAGAAGAUGAUUCGUCCGUCGAUGGGUGGCCAUAUUUAGAGAACUAUGGACCCAGCUACUGGGCAGUUCUUUUGUGUAUAGUUGUACUCGGAAUCGCUGGAAAUAUCCUCCUGUAUAUUAUGAUGAGUGACGCUAAAUUGAACUUCUUAUCCUAUUCCGUUUUCUUAAAAUGGUUGGCUGUCUCCGAUACUUUUUUGCUAGGCACGAGGUUUGUCAUGGAAACAGAGAGAGUGUUUUCGCUUCGGUCACUUUUGGUAAUUAACGAGGCCCUCUGUAAAAUACUAACCACCUUCAAAAUAUUUGUGAUGAUUGUUUCGCCGUGGCUGGUGGCUGGACUCUCUCUUGACAGAUACGUGUGCGUCUGUUGGCCACUGAAGAGAGAGGUACUUUGUACCCGGAUGAAGGCAAGAAUCGUCUGCUCCGUAACGCUUGGUAUGUCGAUCGUCUUGAUAAUCCCCAUUUUUACUGAAUUACAUAUGGUGGAAGGACGUUGUACCCCCACCCAGGAAAUCUAUUACUAUUUCAUCUUCAUUAGAAUAUUGCUGAUGGCUGGCUUGCCGUGCUUGUUCAUUCUCGUGCUAAACAUCCUUAUAAUUAUCCAGCUGAAACGAAGCCAUGCUUUCCGAAAAGUUUUUACAAGAUCAGGGAAUGAUCCAGACAGUCACCCGGAAACUAAUGCCACACGUUCCCUAGUGUUGAUUUGCAUAAUGGCUUUUGUUACACUGAUGCCAGCGGCGGUAUUAGAUGCAUAUAUUAGUGCGUUAAUAGUACUGGACAUUGAUGAAAAAGCUCUCAUAUCAAGUCUGAAAAUAUGGCCUCUAUUUAUCAUGGUUUACGUGUUAAAUUUCGGGCAGAACUUUUACAUCUUGAUUGGAAGUUCAUCAAACUAUCGGAACAUCAUCAAGAGAAGGCUGGUUUGCUGCAGGUUCAAACAGAAUAAAGAGGGAAGAAACAUGACGAUGAAUGUCAUCCAGCGUUACAGCAGUGGAUCAGAAUCUGCUUUACCACAGCCAACAGUUUCAUCUGGUAUAAUGUUUUCAACAUUGCCAGUCAGUCCAUCUGAUAUCUAG